CUUCCUGUCACCUUAUGAUAAGAGUAAGAGAGCAAUUCUACUCAAAACUAUUUGUUCCUUUCUGCAUAGAGAUAGAGUGAGACAAUGGGAGCUAACGUUUCUUCACCAGACGAGAGAUUUCCGGUGACUGAUCUCCAUUCCAGGAAGCCAUGGUCACCUCGCUUUGAGCCCGAAAUUUCUCCUUUUAAAGUCAACAGUCCCUUUGUUACGGAGAUCAAAAACAAGAAUCAAUGGAACUCUCGGCUCAACGCUCUCAAAGACACCAACAAGCUGCUAGUGAUAGAGUUCACAGCCAAAUGGUGCGGACCAUGUAAAUCCCUUGAUCCGAAGUUUGAAGAGUUAGCGGCUAAAUACAUCGAUGUUGAGUUCGUGAAGAUUGAUGUCGAUGUGUUAAUGAGUGUGUGGAUGGAGUACAAACUUCAUACUUUACCUGCGAUUGUAUUCAUGAAGAGAGGCCAAGAAGUAGAUAGAGUUGUGGGUGUGAAGUUUGAUGAGUUAGAGAGGAAGCUCCACAAAUACGCACAAUCCUUCUUCUAAAAAUAUGAAGCUUUUACUUGCAUGCCAAGCAAAAAUAAAAAUCACCUUAUCCCAAGAAUAAUUUACUAAUAUAUAUAUAUAUAUAUAUAAUGUUUGAAUUCAAAUUCAACAAAAUAAAAUAAGAAAACAUAGUUUGUGAUGUAAAGGAAUUGGAAGUUGGAUUUGGUAUCUGUCUGUGUAAUAGAUGUAUGAUUAGUGAUUUGAUAAUUGUAUGCACUAUAAAACAAAAUGAAGAAGUAUGGAUAAAACCUAUUAAGAGAUUAAUGAUUGAUGAAAUCA